GAUAGGCCAGGAGCUCCAGUUUUCUCUCCCCUUUUCUUUUCUCGAAGAAUCGAAUCGAAAGCAAAGAGUGCCAGUAACAAUGGCAGCGUCCGCGAUGGUGUUGGACCCAAAACCCGCGGCGGAGCCACCCGCUUCGUUCCCAUCCACAAGAUCCAACCUAAAGCUCACCGACCAGCACCAAUCCUCCGACGAGGACGACCUCUACAGCCGCCUCAAGUCCCUGCAGCGCCAGCUGGAGUUCAUCGACAUCCAAGAGGAGUACGUCAAAGACGAGCAGAAGAACCUGAAGCGCGAGCUCCUCCGCGCCCAGGAGGAGGUGAAGAGGAUCCAGUCGGUGCCUCUGGUGAUCGGACAGUUCAUGGAGAUGGUGGAUCAGAACAACGGCAUCGUCGGGUCCACCACCGGCUCGAAUUACUAUGUCAGGAUUCUCAGCACUAUUAAUCGGGAGCAUCUGAAGCCCUCCGCCUCCGUCGCGUUGCACCGCCACUCCAACGCCCUCGUCGACGUUCUGCCGCCGGAGGCCGACUCCAGUAUUUCGCUGCUCAGCCAGAGCGAGAAGCCCGACGUCACCUAUAACGAUAUCGGGGGAUGCGACAUUCAAAAGCAAGAAAUCCGUGAAGCAGUGGAACUUCCACUUACACACCAUGACUUAUACAAACAGAUUGGAAUAGAUCCUCCACGUGGUGUAUUGCUGUAUGGCCCACCUGGAACUGGUAAAACCAUGCUAGCUAAGGCUGUUGCCAAUCAUACAACUGCUGCCUUCAUUAGAGUUGUUGGUUCAGAAUUUGUUCAGAAGUAUUUGGGUGAGGGUCCACGAAUGGUCCGUGAUGUUUUCCGUCUCGCCAAGGAGAAUGCACCUGCCAUCAUCUUUAUUGAUGAGGUGGAUGCUAUUGCUACUGCAAGGUUUGAUGCUCAAACUGGAGCUGAUAGAGAAGUUCAGCGAAUUCUUAUGGAGCUCCUCAAUCAGAUGGAUGGGUUUGACCAGACUGUGAAUGUUAAGGUCAUAAUGGCGACUAAUCGUGCUGACACUUUGGAUCCUGCACUUCUGCGUCCUGGAAGGCUUGAUCGGAAAAUUGAAUUCCCUUUGCCUGAUAGGCGGCAAAAAAGACUUGUUUUUCAGGUUUGCACUGCUAAAAUGAACUUGAGUGAUGAGGUAGACUUGGAAGAUUAUGUCUCACGGCCAGAUAAAAUCAGCGCUGCUGAGAUUACAGCUAUAUGUCAAGAAGCAGGAAUGCAUGCAGUUCGAAAGAACCGAUAUGUCAUACUGCCAAAGGACUUUGAGAAGGGUUACCAAACCAACGUGAAGAAGCCUGACACUGACUUUGAAUUCUACAAAUGAUUAAUGCUGCAAGCUCGUACCAGCAUUCCGGUGCUCAAGUUCAGUAGGCUUUGAUGUAUUCAAUCUGGUUAUCAUUAUCGUGUAUUCCAAUGCUCAUACCAGCAUGUUGAGUUAUGGUUUCUGCUAGCAAUUACAGCUCAGCGGAAGGGUUGCUCUUUGAAGAUUUAUGAUUUAAUGUCUUGAUGUAUGACUUUGAGCAAUCAAAUGUUUUACCAUUUUCUCUAUA